AUGGCAGCGGGUACGGAAAGUUUUAAUCAGUUUGUUCAGCGCAUACGGCCCAUCUUCUUUGUGUCUUAUUUAAAGAUGCUACCGUUUGCCGGUCGCUCCCGUGAGCCAUCGGUGUCAGAGGCUUCUAAUGAGCCAGUUCCGAGUAACCGCUCGAGAAAAAGUUUCCCGAACAUAUUUGGAUCGAAUGCCGGCACGCCGAGCGCACCGUCGCCCAAAAGCGGCAAUGGUUCCGAAUCGCAGUCGCCUGCAGGCACGACCGCAGCCCAGGAAUUGAACGAUUUUACCCCGCCACCCGGUCAUCACGGGAAUUUGACCGAGAGCCAAGAAUCAGCGCUGGAGGAGCUGAAAGCGGCGCUUUUGGAAGACAAACUUAUCACCUCGGAUCCUGAACCCAAGUACCAAGAGACACAGCUCCUUCGCUUCCUGCGUGCCCGGAGCUUCAAUGUACAGCUGUCGCGCGAAAUGUACACGCGUGCGCGUGAGUGGAAACAGUCGAUAAACCUUGCGGACCUGUGCGACAAGUUUGAAUUUACGGAGCGUGCACAAAUUGCAGAGUAUGGAUGGCGCAUGUACUUUCACAAAACGGACAAGGUGGGCCGUCCCAUAUUUAUUCAGGACAUGUCCAAACUCAACUCCGACAAGGUAUUUAAAACCACUACCCCCGAGCGCAUUAUCCAAAAUUUUGCCGUGACGCUCGAAAAAGCUGUUCAAGUCCGCUACGAUGCCUGCACUCAAAAAGAAGGACACUUGGUGGACGACAACUUUAUGGUUUUAAAUGUCGCAGGUCUGGGCUUCAGUACAUUUUGGUCAAUGCGACAGCAGCUACAGCACCUUUUGAGCGUCCUGGAUGACAAUUUUCCAGAGUUGUCUGGUCGUGUGCAGAUUAUCAAUGCGCCCUACCUCUUCACCACGGUCUGGGCCUAUGUCAAAAACUGGAUCCCGACCCACACUGCAGAGAAAAUCGACAUCUGCGGAACCGAUUAUAUCAAUGUCAUUUCUGAGUUCAUCGAUAUGGAAAAUUGGCCAGAGUACCUGGGUGGGAAAUGCAAAUGCGCUGGUGGAUCAUGCCAGACGAGAGAUGAAGGGCCUUGGGAAGACGCUUUGAAAGACUUUGACUGCCAAAAGACAGAGACUAUCUCGUAA